AGGGAUCUCAUUCACGCAUGAAAAAUGACCACAGCUGCCACUUCAAACGGAGCAGAUUUGUAUGAUUCUCUCCAUGCCACAACAACCUGGAGGAGAGACAGCGCCACUACAUCACUGCCCCUGCCUCCUCUCAGCGUUGGGAGCCAUCCAUCCCCUCUUCCUCGUCUCUGGUAGCAGAUGGUGGGAACAGCGCAGCGUCCACCGGCCACCACAACAAUAGACCGACGCACCGAGUCCAGACGGCGCGGGCUUCGCGGCAUCAUGUUCCCAGAGCGGGACUCCGCGCGCCGCCGUGAUUGAUUUCACGCGGUCCCCGCACCAGCAUCUCGGUCACGGAGGAACCUUCUUGUGACUGUUCGGGCUCUCCGUUGCGCUGCAUGGGAAGAUGGCCGCUAUGAAAAUAUUAACCAGCGCAGGGCUCUUCCUGGCUCUGUGCGCGCUGGGGCUCCUCACCAUGGCGAUCUGCACCGAUUAUUGGUACGAGACGGACGCGCGCAGGCACCGGGAGAGGUGUAAAAACUAUGCCAACAAGCGAAACGACCCGGGCUACAUCUACAUUUCCAGCCAUAACCUGCCCCUCCAGAUGCCUCCAAAGAGCCUGGAGUGGAAAGGUAACGGCCCGGAUGCUGCUCCCCUCAUCAGGGGGAAGCGGCACUUUCUGGCCGCAGCGUCCGCCAUGGAGUCUCUCUGCAGCCGGCAGUUCAAUUCCACCAUCUCCGGCCUGUGGAGGACGUGUCACCGGGAGGGAUUUGACCUGGAGACCGACGACCUUAUUUACAAAGGAAAAAUUCAGAGAUGCAGUCCAGUCAAAUAUCACUACUCCUCGUCCAUCCUUCCCCGAAAUUUACCGACUGAUAUUACAAAGACCAUACGACAGGAUGAGUGGCACGCACUCCAUCUACGAAGGAUGACGGCAGGCUUCGUAGGCAUGGCUGUUUCCAUCAUUCUUUUUGGUUGGAUUAUUGGAGUGCUGGGAUGCUGCCAACAGCAUGACCUCAUGCAAUAUGUAGCUGGGCUACUCUUUCUCAUGGGAGGAACGUGCUGCAUUAUCUCUUUGUGCACUUGCGUGGCGGGAAUCAACUUUGAGCUGUCCCGUUACCCCCGCCACAUGUAUGGCCUCCCCGAGGACAUUAGUCAUGGCUAUGGCUGGUCCAUGUUUUGUGCCUGGGGGGGACUCGGCCUCACAUUGCUUGCCGGCUUCCUCUGCACUCUGGCUCCUUCUCUGAGCACGCCUGCUCGCACGACGACCCACAAGCCGAGGCAAGAGAACGGAACAGUGUGACACAGGCGUGUCCAACCCACCAAACGCACAAGCCACACCCUUCCAACUUUGAUGUUUAACUCUAAAACUGUUUGUCGUCAAACUACCAUGUCACAACACCGCCAUUCUCCCCCUCGCAAUGUUCAGCGUGCCUGAGUAGUGACGGGAGCAGCAAAAGUCGAGCUCCUAACAUCUGAUUUGAAAAACCUCGGAGGGACCUGCAGAAGCAUCCAGAGUGACAAACACAGCAGCAUCUGAGCGGGGAACAAACAGGACUUUUUUCUUUCAGUUUUUUUUGCCAUCUGAAGAGGACUGUUUUCUCAGAAGUGAAUUUGUCUCAAAAUGGUGCUUUUUUUUAAAAAGAAAAUUACACGAAGCCACACUCACUCCAACACACAGGACACACUCGAGCAGUAGCAUCUGCUUAUGCACACGAGCUCCAGAGAGACCAUGAGGGAAAUCCUAAAAAAGAGGAAACAAAUAAACAAACAAAUAUCAGGUCCGAGUGUCCUGUCAGCAGCUCUAAUUCAUUCAGUGGUGUGUCGAUGUUUGAAGUAAACAAAAAGUGCUGACAGUGACUCUUUACUGCUUGACUUUGGUGAAGCACAAUAACAAUAAACAUUAGCGACAGUUUAACGUGUACAGUCUCGAAUGGAUCUUGCAGAGUGACUAGUGAGAUAAAAAGAGUAAAUCUGCCUUGAAAAACAAAUUGUAUUUGUACAAAUGCAUCUGUGUAGAAUUAACUCAUUGUUUGUGUAAAGUUUUUUUAUUUUUUUUUAUUGUUAAGGUCUUUUUUUCCCCUAUUGUCAGCUGACAAGUCAAGAUUUGAAGACACUUCAGUUUGGAGUUCAGCAAACAGAAUUGUUUUGAUUGAAUAACUUGAAAAAAGCAUGACAUGUUCCGUGACUAUAUGUCGCUGUGCUUUAACUACCCUGUCAGUCAAUUUUUGCUGCACCAAACACUUGAAACUUGAGUUUGUGGAGGAUCUGCCUACUUUUAGUGGCAACGAUUUGUAUUUUUCCCAUGACAGCGACUGAGCAGUUCAUGAUGAGAUACAGAGUUAGAGAUAGCACUGUUCAAAAAGGAGACAAAAAAGAUCAAAGAACCAAAGUUUCACAAUGUCCCACUAGCACAUUUAUCAGUGAAACUAUGGCUGCUUGGACAUGGGAAAGAUAGGUUUGCCUAGUCAAAACUAUAUUUAUUAUUUAAGUAGCAAACUUGUAUUUUGAACUAUUUUGAAUUGUGAGUUCCUCAAAAAACAAAAACUGCUAUUUGACUUUAAAAUCCCAAAUUUUGUGGAGAAACAUCUCUGUCUUCAUACGACAAGACUCAAAUUCAUCAUUUUAUAACAUGUUGAAAAAAGCACAACAAUUUGACUGCCAUAAUUCUCUCCCCAAACAGCUUAAUUUUUUUCUUUUCUUUAAAUCCUCACUCAAGAGACCCAUUUUGAUCCCUGAAGUCAAAUAUUUCUAAACUAGACAGUUCAGUUUUAAAGGGUUAUUGACGCCAAUCAAGUUCAGCACAAAAGAUGAGACAUUUUCUAUUGAAUAAGCUAGCAACUCUUGGGGGCAUACUCUAAAUAUUGUAUUUGAAAACAUAAAAAAAAACACUUGAAAGUUGAGUGUAGCUUGUGUCUUCAAAAUAUUCCAUAGGUAAAUCUUUGAUUGUCCUGGCAACAGCUUUAGGCGAUAAUACCAACAGAAAUGUUGGUUAUAAUUUCAUUGUCAUGAGUCGGAAGUCAUUUAUUUUGAAAUGACAGAAUUCACCACGAGUUAAUGAUGUGUUUAUAUGUAAUGAUUGCCUGAGAUAAAUCAGGAAAUAUUUUAUCAACUAUGUCCUUUAACUCUCUGAGAAAAUAACAAAACAAAACAAAUAAGGUAUUGUUGUGUGUUAACAACACUGUGUGAUGUUUGGUCCUCUCACCAUCACCAUUAAGAAAAUCAUUUGAGGCAUGAAAUUUUCAAUGUCUUGUUGAAUCUUUGCACUUUGCUCCAUCUCAUAAAGUCAGUGAAGCCGGGAUGUGUAACAGUUAUACACUGUAUGCUUGCAGAGAGAGACAAGUGCAAAUGCUGGCCAGUACAACUAAAUUGUGAUGUGUUUUCACAAAGAAAUCUUGAUAAAAGUCAAUAUUCCUGGGCUCUUAUUUUGAAAAGAAUCAGACAAGAAAUUGUAGGAAACCAUGAACUUAAAUUCUAGACAAAGGUGUUGAUAAGAGCAGUAAAAUGUAUUAUGUGUACUUGAUGCAAGUGUGUUGUGAAGGCACACAAUGUCGAGACUUUUUUUUAAUUAUUUUUUAUGUGUGUAUCAUUUGGAAAAAGUGAUAUUUUAAGUACUGAUGCUCCAUUAGGAGAGGUCCAAAAGUAUUACAUACUGAACCUUUAAGUUACAUAUUUUCCCCUCUGUAUUUGAAGAUUAAAGUUCCUGGUUUGAAGUCAUAAAUCAAGCAUUUAGAGAAAAAAAAGAGUUGGAGGGCCCUUCAUAAAGGGGGGGCUUCCUGUUUCAUGAGAAACAUUGUACAGAGUGCAGAGUGAAAUGCCCUGCAAAAAUGUCACAGUUGAGAGUGGCAUCUGUUUCAAGAGCACGUCUUUUUUUUCUCCAAGUCAUUUGUACUGGGUGCAUCCACGUCAGGUGUUGUGUGAGGAUAACAAAGACAUUGCAGUCUUGCAUGAUCUCAUUCAAACUAGUUUCUUCAAAAAGGUAUUGAAGAGAAAAAACAAAUGUGUGUCAGUUUUUCAUUAAUUUAUUUUAUUGAAAAUAAAAUAUGUAAUUACUACUAUG